UGUCUUUGUCCGUUGGAACAAUUUUGAUGGAAGAGCAGAGGAAUCCUCCAAAAAUCCUUGAAGAAGAAGGAAAAGAAGAAUCAGCUAUGAAGAAAAAAUCUCAAAACGAGAUCAGUAGCUUACCUGAUUCAAUCCUUCUUCACAUCCUCUCUCUACUACCCGUUAAAUAUGCCGCAGCAACAAGUGUUCUAGCCAAGAGGUGGAGGGACCUAUCCAUCUGCAACUUGAUCCACGCCGCAAAUCUUGACUUCGGUGAUGAAGUUGCAGACAACCCAGCACCAGAACAAUUCGUCGACUUCGUCAAUCGAUGUGUCAAUAUCCAUGUCGGUAAGAAGAUCGAGAGAUUUAGGCUUUGCUUCGAUCCCAGUGAUCGAUUUCGGUCGGAUGCUGUGAACUGGAUCGGAUUUGCUACAAGAAAGAACGUGAAGGAGCUUCAUUUGGAUUUCUGCCGCAGACGAGAUCAUUACGACAUUAGAGAAGAAACCACUUCUGAUGAGCAUAAACCCUUUGAAUUGCCAGAACUUCUAUUCACCAAUGAAUCACUAACCCAUUUAGACCUCAGCCACUGUGUUCUUACCCUCCCUCUCGAUUUCUCUGGUUUUGGAUUCCUUAAAACUCUGAGACUCAGAGACGUUAAUAUCACCGAAACCACCCUUGAAUGCUUACUUGCCAAUUGCCCAGUUCUUGAGAAACUGAUUCUAAAGGAAUGCCCUCUGCAAUCAAUCAAGAUCCCUGAAUCGAAUCAACAGCUCAGAACCUUAACACUCUGCCAUUGUUGGCAGGGAAGCGAAAUUGAGAUAUCUGCUCCCAAUAUUCGAUCCUUCCUAUAUUGGGGGAAGCUCAUGCAAUGGUUUUCGAUCAAGAACAUUUCAGCCUUAGAAGAAGCGGUCAUCUAUAUUAGAGAAAGAGAGGAUGGGCGUCCUGACGAUGUUCGUAUAAGGAUUUUGUCUGAUCUUGCUUAUGUUAAGAUUCUAACCAUUUGUGGAGGAGCUCUGCCGUGGCACACUCCAAAGGAUUUUCGGGUUACAUUCAAUAAUCUGAAAGAAUUGCAGCUUUUGGCGGAUUCAGUUUGUGAUGUCUACAGCUUCUUCAGACAAAGCAUCUGUCCUUGCCUAGAGAGAUUUUACAUACGGGUCUUUUUCAUACAGCUUCCGGGUGUCCCAGAAGAUAUGUGCCUGUGGGAAUAUGUGGGAAUGCCAACAGUAGAACCACUAAAUUGUGUGUUUAAUCAUCUGAAGUUAAUCAAGAUGGGUAAUUUCAGAGGAAGCAAAGUCGAAUUGAAGAUGGUGAAGUUCUUGCUAGAAAGGGCUACGGUCUUGGAGUCAUUGGUUUUGGUGGUUCCUCAAGAAUCUUAUGCUAUUAAGAAAGAUUUGGGAGAUGAAUCUGAGGAUUCAGAGUUUCAGUCAAAUUCCAUCAAGACACCGCCGCUGUGUCUUCUCCAAGAGAAGCUUCUGCAAUUGCCAAAGGCAUCUUUGGGUGCCCAGAUCAUACUUCGUGAGAGUUUGGAAGGUUGCAAUGAUAUUUUACUCAAUCGUUGAAACUUUUUUUGGUCUCCAAGCAGAGAAUCAUAUAUGAAUGAGUUGAAGCAUUAAUGGUCAUAGAGGCUUUGUGGAUUAUCCUGAAACUUGAAGAAUAUUUAGAUUGAAUCAGUGAAAGCCACAGAGAAGGUGAGCCCUUAUCAAUUCUCCAUCAGAAAACUCACCCUUCCCCUUUUUCCUGUUCUCCCUAUUUCCCUGAAUUAUCAAGUAGCAGGCAAGGCCAACAUCCAGGAAAUGAGAUAAUCAGCUUCUGUGUAUAAAACAUUUUUGUUUGGGAUACCCAGUUGUAUCUAUAGAUUUGAUAGUUGAGAAGAAUGUCCUCUUUGAGUCCUGAUUCAAGAGGACUUUCCUGUAGAUUAAUUUUGAAUGGUUGGAAUUUAGGACCAAUGAGUUUGUAAGCUUAAUUUAUAGCCAGAAGCAGCUCUGCAACUCCAACCUCAGACCUCAA